GAGCCCUCCUAACCCGGCUAUAAAUUGACGCCAUGCUCGCCAUGCAAGAUCACAGCACACACAAGCAAGAACCAAGAAGAGAGAAGAAGAAGACGACGACGACGAAGACGAGGAUGAAGGGUGUUGGUGGCGCGUCCGUGGUGGCGGUGGUCGUCGUGGCCGGCUGCCUUCUGGCGGCGGCGGCCGUCGUCGACGGCGCGGUGACCUGCGGCGACGUGGACGCGAGCCUGCUGCCGUGCGUGGCGUACCUGACCGGCAAGGAGGCGGCGCCGUCCGCCGCCUGCUGCGCCGGCGUGAAGCGCCUCAGGACGCUUCCCGUGGGCACCGCCGAGCGGCGGUUCGCCUGCGACUGCGUCAAGAAGGCGGCGGCGCGGUUCAAGGGGCUCAACGGCGACGCCAUCCGCGACCUCCCGGCGAAUUGCGGCUCGCCGCUGCCGUUCCCGCUUACCCUCGACUUCGACUGCAGCACCAUUCCAUGAGCAUGGAAGGUUCUUUAUUCUGGAGAUGGAGACAAAGACACAUAGAAUAAGAUGGGUUCAUUCCAAGUGAACCUGCUGCUAGCUUUGUUGUACAACAUGCAUCAUGCAUUGCCUGCCUCUUCUUCUUGGAGUCAUGCUUAAUGUUGUUUUAUCUACUAUAAUAAUAUUUAAAUAAAAAUCCAUCCAAUUUAUUUGGAAUUAUAUGAUGUCCAUACAAGUUGCAAGUAAAUUCAGACCACUAGAUUUACUUUGCCAGAUGCUGCCAAGCACUAGUGGUUUGCUCAUUACUGAAUUGACAUCCAUGAUUU